CUUAGGUGACUGAGGGAGGUUGCCCACAUCCAAGAUGGCCAUAGCAUUGACGUGAAGAGUUGUACCAUAGAGAGGAAGGCGGGCUUGUGUUUACGUGCGAUUUUUUUUCUAUGGUCGAGGGAGGCCCAUGGGGAUCUCUAUGGCAGCCGCAGUAACGUUCGUAAGGCGCCUGGGCAGCUAAGCGGCUCCGGCCCCCGAGCGCUGAGGGGCCGCCGGAGGUUGGGAGGAUGCCCCUGGCCGCCUACUUCUUCUUGCGGGCCGUGGGCAAGGGCAGCUACGGGGAGGUGAGCCUGGUGCGGCACCGGCAGGACAACAGACAGUACGUCAUCAAAAAGCUAAACCUUAAACAUGCAUCCAGCCGAGAGAGGAAAGCAGCAGAACAAGAAGCCCAGUUGUUGUCUCAGCUGAAACACCCCAACAUAGUCACCUAUAGGGAGUCCUGGGAGGGGGAAGAUGGCCUGUUAUAUAUUGUCAUGGGCUUCUGUGAAGGAGGGGACCUGUAUCAUAAACUUAAAGAGCAGAGAGGUAAACCUUUGCCAGAGAAUCAGGUGGUGGAAUGGUUUGUCCAGAUUGCCAUGGCAUUGCAGUAUUUACAUGAAAAACACAUUCUACACAGAGAUCUCAAAACUCAAAAUGUUUUCCUGACAAGGACAAAUAUUAUCAAAGUGGGAGAUCUGGGAAUAGCCAGAGUGUUAGAAAAUCAGUAUGAUAUGGCCAGUACUCUCAUUGGCACACCUUAUUAUAUGAGUCCUGAAUUGUUCUCCAACAAACCUUACAACUACAAGUCUGAUGUUUGGGCUUUGGGCUGUUGUGUUUAUGAAAUGGCCACACUGAAACAUGCCUUCAACGCUAAAGACAUGAACUCUUUAGUUUAUCGAAUUAUUGAAGGAAAGCUGCCACCGAUGCCAAAGGAUUACAGUCCACAACUGGCAGAACUAAUAAGAACUAUGCUUAGCAAAAAGCCUGAAGAAAGACCCAAUGUGAAAAGCAUACUAAGGCAACCAUAUAUCAAGCAUCAAAUCUCUCUGUUUUUGGAAGCCACAAAGGCAAAAACAGCCAAAAAUCAUCAGAAAAUAUCUGAUUCUAUACCCAGAAGUGCUGCUUCUGUGAUCUCGGUGAAGACUCGAUCUAAUAAUGGAAACAUCACACCCAAAAAACAUCCCUCUGAGCAAGCCAGGAGAGAAAGUGCCAAUGAAGAAAAACAUUUAAUCAAAGAUAAAACUUUUGAAAUUCAUCCCUCAGAGAAACCAGCUGCUGAGCCUGAAAAAAAUGCAAACAAGAAUGAGAAGAACAGCACAGGAGUUUCCAUAGCAACAAUUAGCAAAGUGAAUAUUGAUAUUUUACUGUCUGAAAGGAGGAACUCUAAAAGUGAUCACUUACUACAGGAUAACAAAGCAAGGUGCUUAAGCAUUCCUAGUGAAGUAGAAUCUAAAAUAACAUCUAAUGGCCCACAGACUAAGGAAGAUAGACUACAGCAAAACUCAAAGCAAGUUUCUAGAACUGAAAUUGUGGAUUCUAAGCAGUUUGCUGCUGUUGUCUCAGAUGAAGGAGAUGACACUUUGAAACUCCUGCAGCCUGUCUCAAAGGACCAAAAGCAAAAUGAUGACCAGAGUUUGGACUCCACUGAGAAGCUUCUAGCAUCGUUUGUUCCUGUCAUAAUUCAAGAUGAAGCCUCUCAUGGAAAUCCAGAAGAUGUUCAGGAAAAAUUCACUUCUUACUUACAGCCUCAUAGCUCUUUCUAUGAACCUUCUCUCUCACGGCAGCAAUGGCAGAAGAAAAGGGAGCUAGAUGAAGUCUGUUCAGAGAAGCUCACAGAAGUUGCUCCGUGGCCCUUACCUUCUCUUUCUGAUGUGAAUAUGAAGACAACUUACAGCCCUGCAGAUCAGCAUGGCUCUAAAGUCACAGAGUCUGUAAAUAGCUCUAAAAAUAGUGAGAGAGCAAUUUCAGAGGGUAGACCGUUGUCGGCAAGAGAGAGGAGGAGGCUAAAACAAUCGCAAGAAAAGAUGUUUCCUUCUGUGCCUGCGGCAAGACGAGCAUCACAUAGUGCGGUAGUUGAAGCAAAAUCACUUGUGGAAAAUCUUAUUAAAGUUACUCAGUCCUCGUCAGAUCCCAGUAUUUCUCAGGAAAAAAAAAUAAUCCGUUGUCUGUCUGAUGAUGAGCUAAGCUCUUCCACAAGCUCCACAGAUAAGUCAGAUGGAGAUUCCAAGGAAGGAAAAAGCAAUACAAAUGAAAUGAAUGAUUUGGUACAGCUAAUGACUCAGACACUGAAAAUGGAUUCUAAAGAGAACUGUGAACACCCUUCAAUCCUAACCCCUGCAUCAGAGUUCAAGCUUCAUAGGAAAUACAGAGACACUCUCAUCCUACAUGGAAAAGUAUCUAAUGAACCAGAGAAAUUCAAAUUUGAAGAAUUUCCUUCAGAUGUUUUAUCUGGUCCUGAAAAGAUCAGAAGAAUGGUUGAAAUUCUGAGGUCUGAUGUGGUGCAAGGGCUGGGAGUGAAACUUCUAGAGAAAGUGUAUGACAUCAUGGAGGAAGAUGAUGAACUGAAGAGAGAGGUUUGUAAAGAGGCUCUGCUUAUAAACAAAAACACAAGGGGAAAAAUGACAUUCAGAAAAGUGAACAUUGCCAUCCUUGUACUUGCUAUUGUUAUAUUUUUAUUAGUUCUGCAUCACAACCUUCUAGGUCUCAGUGACUUUUUGAAACGAGAUGUAGCAGAUUCAAGUCCAUUAGGACUCCAGCCUAUAGAUUUCAUACCCGAGGCUCCUCAAAGGCUGACCGACAAAAGAAAUGAUCAGGAAAUUCCUGUAGUCAUUACAGCAUCAGAUGACCGGCUUGGAGGUGUCAUUGCAGCCAUGAACAGCAUUUACCAUAACACUAAAUCCAACGUGGUGUUCCAUAUUGUCACUCUAAAUGGUACAGUGGACCAUUUGAGAGCGUGGCUGAGUAAAACUGCUCUGAAAAAGGUGAAAUACCGAAUUUUGGAUUUCGACCCUCAUGUUUUGGAAGGGAAAGUGAAAGUGGAGUCUGAACAGGCAGACUCCAUAAAACCAUUAACCUUUGCAAGAUUCUACUUACCUAUGUUCGUUCCUCAUGCAGAGAAGGCCAUAUACAUGGAUGAUGAUGUAAUAGUGCAAGAUGAUAUCCUUGAACUUCACAACACACCACUGAAACCUGGCCAUGCAGCUGCAUUUGCAGAUGACUGUGACUCAACCACUAAUAAAUUUGCCAUCCGUGGAGCAGGGAAUCAGUACAAUUAUAUUGGAUUUUUAGACUAUAAGAAACAAACAAUCCGGAAGCUCGCCAUGAAAGCCAGCACCUGCUCUUUCAAUCCAGGGAUCAUUGUUGCCAAUCUAACAGAAUGGAAAUUACAGAACAUCACUAAGCAAUUGGAGAAAUGGAUGACACUUAAUGUAGAAGAGGAGUUAUACAGCAGAACUCUGGCAGGUAGCAUUGCCACACCACCACUGCUAAUAGUAUUUUACAAGCAACAUUCUAAUAUUGAUCCCAUGUGGAACGUCCGACAUCUUGGCUCUCGCACUGGAAAAAGAUAUUCUCCUCAGUUUGUGAAAGCUGCCAAGUUGCUCCAUUGGAAUGGGCAUUUCAAACCCUGGGGAAGAACAGCUUCAUAUGCUGAUGUCUGGGAGAAGUGGUACAUCCCGGAUCCUACUGGCAAGUUCAACCUGAUCCGCAGACACUCUGAGAUCUAUGAGUCCAAGUAAAAUGGAUUUUAUGAACUAUUGUCAUUUUCUCAGGAAACUCUUGGAGCCAGCAGUGUUUUUCAGCUGAUUUGUAUUACACAGCGCUCCUUGCUUCUCUGGAGCACAGGGGAAAGUACAUUUUCAGGUGAAAUAAUCAACUGUACCAAACUGCAUCCCUGAAGAGGAGACGGACUUCAAAUAUGAUUGGGGAAACGUAGUCCAGCUGCACUAUGAAGAGUGGAGAAACACCUCCAUGAACUAGCAUUUUUGUUAUGUAAUUCCUUUUUAAUUACAUUCUUCCAGUCCAGUACUAGUGUUCUAGGUUGGAUGAUUUUGUCAGCUACAGAAAUAAAUGUCUCAUUCUUAGGAACAAUUUAUCUGGGUGAGAGCCACACAGAAAUCUUGCACACCAAUUUAUCAUAAUCAAAAGCUGCUACUAGCUUCUUGUUAUCUUAUCCUCCUGGAGCUUUAUAAAAGGCACUUUCUCUUGCAUGAAGACCCACUCACCAUUUAUAUUUAACCCUUUGUGUAUGAACUUAAUCUAUAUUUUUCAAAGGCUACUCCUCAAGUGUUAUUGAAUUAAAGUGUUAUUAAAUCAA